UAGUCUCUGACGUAAGUGAACGUGUAGAACGAUUCCACCCGUGGACCGUACCAAGUUCUCUUUUAUCUUUUAAGAUUCGCGGCGAGAACGAAAUCUGCAGGGUAUCAUGCUAGUCGCUCUGCCCGCGGAAGAGUGAGCUUGCUUUGCCAUUCUUAUCACUGCUUUCGAUGAUAAGAAGUGUUUUACAGUCACAAGAAUCGUAAGCGACACUCUCCACUUUCGAUCGGGAGGACAGUUUGAACAGUAGUUUCAAAUGGAAAAGAAGGACAGCGUGGAAGCUCCGAAACAAUUCAAACUCUUACCAAAAAUUAUAAAUGGCGGAAUCGCGGGUAUUAUCGGUGUCUCUGUGGUGUUCCCAUUGGACUUGGUUAAAACACGAUUACAGAAUCAAGUUAUCGGCCCUAAUGGGGAACGAAUGUACAAAUCUAUGCUAGACUGUUUUAAGAAAACGUAUAGGUCGGAGGGUUAUUUUGGCAUGUACAAAGGAUCUGGUGUAAAUAUUCUUUUGAUCACUCCUGAGAAAGCUAUCAAACUCACUGCCAAUGAUACGUUCCGUCAUUAUCUGUCCACCGGCCCUGGACAGAAGCUGCCAAUACAACGUGAGAUGCUUGCCGGAGGUCUAGCAGGAGCAUGUCAAAUUAUUGUAACAACUCCAAUGGAGCUCCUGAAAAUUCAAAUGCAAGACGCAGGGCGCGUAGCUGCGGCGGCAAAGAAAGCUGGGAAAACGGUGCCGAAGGUGUCAGCCCUGUCCUUAACAAAAGAUCUUCUUAAAAAGAGAGGUAUUUUAGGACUGUAUCAAGGUACUGGAGCAACAGCUCUCAGAGAUGUGACAUUCUCAGUUAUCUACUUCCCUUUGUUUGCUAGACUGAAUGAUAUUGGGCCAAAAAGGGAGGACGGUUCUUCCGUAUUUUGGUGCUCAUUCUUGGCUGGUUGUGCUGCUGGUUCUACAGCUGCUUUAAUGGUGAAUCCAUUUGAUGUAAUCAAAACUAGGCUACAAAUAAUCAAAAAAGCUCCUGGCGAACCAACAUAUAAUGGUGUAUUCGACUGCAUAAGUAAAACAAUGAGAAACGAGGGGCCGACAGCGUUCUUUAAAGGUGGGGCCUGCAGAAUGAUCGUGAUAGCGCCUCUUUUCGGAAUUGCACAAACAGUAUACUACCUCGGCGUUGCAGAGGGGCUUUUAGGCCUUAAAUGAAUUUCAUCCUGUACACCUAUCUGCCGUUUUAAAUACUCUGGGAAUAAACUGACAAUAACAGGCGUAUUAUAGAUGUAUUUUCGCUUCCAAUGGAAUUGUACGACACAUUCUAGACAUAUUUCGAUGAACUUUUGUGAAAAGAUAAUGGGCACUAAUUUAUGAAGUCACAUAAAGCUUAUUUUACUGAGUCAGCGAGAUAUUUAAUAAUGAAUUUUAGAUUCUUUUUAUUAACUCUAUUGUUAAAUAUUUUAUUAAUAGUGAAACGUUCAUGCGUACAGUUUUACACGAUUUGAAAUUUAGAUGUGCGCUAUCUUUUCACAAAAUUUCAUAAAAAUCAGAUAUCGGAUUGUGGGGUCCUCUUGUUAGUACAGUUUGCUAGUUGUCCAAUAAGUGAAUUGUUCUUUCGGAAUUAUUAUUCGAACCUUGAUCAUCAGAACUGAAAAUCUAUUUAGAGUCCAACAAUUUCUUUAAUGUAUCAAUAACAGACUAUGUUGCAUAGUUGUAUUGACUUUUAAUUAACAAUUGGGCAACAAUUUAAAUCUUAAUAUAAAACUUCAAUUUUCUUAACUUUUGUGACUUAUGUACAUAGUAUUACUUCGUGUAAUUUAUAUAGAAUACAAAUGUUUAUUUCUUCUUCAUUGUGGUUACAAUUGUAACACUUCGGAUAAUCAAGGUUCUUCCGUGGCACAGGGUCGAAUCAAUGCUAAUAAUAGUAAUGUUGAUCCCGACCUAGUAUUAUGAUUGAUUGAAAAUGAAGAUCAGGAUUUACGAUCAUGUUCAUUUAUUUUUGGUUGUUGAACUAUUAUCGUAAAUCAUGAACUUUUUCACGACUUAUCGCCUUUUACAUUAAUUUUAAGUUCUUCGAAAACCAGUGUUCCAUCCACCUUUGUUUGAUACGUUUAAUGUUAUUGUAUAUCGGUUAGUUUAAAAGAAUUUAAAAUAAUAUAGGGAGAGUAUAAUUUCAUCAAUCAAUUACAAAGUUUUCAGUGGAGAAAGCUUAAGUGGGAUGAAGUAUAAGCACACCUAAAGUCUAUUAGUAACAAAGAGUAAAUGCGUGGAAGAAACAACAUAUAAAUUAUUACAUAUCUAAAUAUAUAUUGUUGAGGAUAAAGUAUUAUUAACUCUUAGUUGGUAUGAUUAGUAGUAAGUUCCAAUAAAGUAGACUUAUUUUUUGUAUCUUAUAUUUAAAAAAAUUAUGUUAUAGUUUUAGUACAAUUUGUUCUAUUACUUUAACACGGCUUUUUGUACCUUUGAGAAAGAUCUUUAAGGAAGACAUCACACUUCUUUGAAUUUGUUUAAAUCGGAAAAAAUUGCCAGAAACUGUGAUGCAUUCUAUUUAAGUUUUUAUAGAAAUAUUGUUCAUAAAUGAUUAAAUUACGGAACCUCAAUUCUUAAAAAGGAUCAUAACAAUUUAGAGUUAAACUGUUUAUCUGCCUUUCUCCAUCCCAAAAUAUUGUGGGAAAAUUUUAGGAAAUUUUCCCAAACGAAAAUUCACUGUCAAUUUUAGUCGAGAUUCUAUACAAAUAAGUAAUAGAAGUAGUAAAAUGUUAUCAAUGUAUAUUGACGUUGUACAAAAAGUAAACCUGCCUCAAGAAGA